GAAGAGAACUGUUUUAUGCAAAAAUUAUGCAAUUACGAGGAGAUGAACAUUGAGCUAAUUUGUGGUAGCGAUGGCAGAACAUACAACUCGUACUGUGAAGUGAAACGUUCUAAUUGCCACGGUAAUCCCGUGAAGAAGAAAUUCUCUGGACCUUGUCCUGAAAAUUUGCGAUGUCAGCUAGAACGAGAAUAUCAAUUAAGAUUAGCGCUCGAACAAAUGAAUAGCAGUGAAAUUUUUGUACCAGAAUGUAACUCUACAGAUGGUUCAUAUGCUAGCAUACAGGCUUUUUUAUCUAUAACAUUUCAUUACGGUAAGAAGCAACAAUCAUCUCAGCUUAUAACUUUUAUUAUAUGCCACAUUAUAUACUUUCUUAAAUGCAUUUCCAAACGUAUAGAAAGCAAGUUUUUACAGUGUCAUAAAAGCACGGGUUACUGUUGGUGCGUUACUAGGCUUGGACGACCAUUGCCGAGCACUUCUACACGUUACGGUAUGCCAAACUGUCAUAUCCUACAAAAGACAAAAAUUGGACGACGUUCACAACGAAAAAGUAAUGGUGAUUCAAUCAAUUUAAAUGGUAUGAUUUAA